UCUUUCAUUACUAAUUGCCUCAAACAAUGUAGAAAGUUUUUAAAGGUUUACUAGUUGUAGUUUUAUGCCUGAAUUGUCGAGAUUCGAGCAGUAAGAGGUUUUAAAUUUGAAAUCGCUAUAGCAUACCCAUUCAAAGGAUACAAAUAAACAAAAACAGAGAAGAGAAGAUGGCAGUUACUAACUUCAUAAUGUUUUAUAUUACAUGUGUCAGUUUUGUUCAAGAUAUUGUUUUCUGUGAAACAUUUGGAGAGAGUGGAAAGGAAAUUACAUUGACCCCAAUCAUUCAUGGAACGCCUGUAGAAAUAAUGUGGAAACACAAUAGCAACAUAAUUCUGGACUAUGACCAGAGUAUUAUGAUGGAGUAUGGCUUAUUUAAAGGACGUGUAGUUCUUGAUUUUGAAACAGGACAGCUCACAAUAACAAAGCUGAACAUCCAAGACAGUGGCCAAUAUCAGUCUGAGAUUUUGAUCGAUGGACAUGUUCAGAGAUCAGAACAUACUUUGACAGUCUUGGAUGCUAUGCCAGAGCCAACAGUGACAUGUGAAGUGGACAAGACUUCAGAUUUAAAAACACUGCUAUGUUCAGUGAACUCACAGACUCAGCCAAGCUAUGAAUGGAAAGGACCAAAUUUUUCUGGUCGUCAGGGGCCAAAACUUUCUGUUGCCAAACAGGAAGAGAACCCGGACUCAGUCUUUACCUGCAUUGUGAAGAACAAAUUGGGCAGCAAGAGCACAGACUUCACUUUGAAAGACUGCCACAUAGGCAGAGCACGGGCUGCGUCGAUCGCUCCGGUCCUAACAGUCAUACUUCUCCUCGUUGUCGCUCUGCUCAUAUUGCUUGCAUUGUACUUCAUCAAGCGGAAAAAGGAAAAGUCAAGGAGGUCUGACCCGCACAAAAUGCAACCUGAAUAUGGUGAACACCAUAACCUUUUGAGAGAACUCUCAACGGAGGAUAUACCAGGUUCGUCUGAUGCCACACUGCCUUGGCAGUCCAGACUUACUUCACCAAAAGAAUCCAUUGCUGUGAAAAGCUGGGAGCAGAUACAGAUUCAUCACGACAGCACCUCAGAGAAUAUAGUUGAAAUUGAUGGAGAAACACCUGUGAAGGGAAAAAAUUGUUUGCAGGAACAAAAUCUAAAAUGCAAUGUUGGCACACUGAGGGACACUUGUCAUACAGUGGAGGACCAAAACAUAGGAAAAAUCAAGAUGGUAAAUAUUCAGCAUCAGAUUCCAGAAUCUGCUGUAACUGAAAGAAACAAAGAGGACACAGAAAAUAAAGUAAAAGAACUAGACAAAAAUGAAAACAGUCAAAAUGUACUUAAAGCAAAAGAAAGCAAUUGUAGCAAACCUGAUGAAACUGACAAAGAAAAGAACGAGAGACAUGAACCCUUACAAAACCCAAAAGAAUUCGGUGAUAUCAUGAUGAACCAGGAUUUGGAUCUAUAUCAGAGCGAACAAGUUCAGAAAGAAAAGGAGAAAGAGGGAAGCCAGAUACUGGAAAAGAACGAAGAAAAGAGGGAAAAGACAUCCGAGCAGCAGAAUGAGAGUCUGGGAAAUCAGAAAAACAAAGCUACGACUAAUAAUGAGGAUGACCUCACACCAGUAGAGAAAAAAGAGGAGGGGGAGAAAGAAGAGAGAACAGAAGAGGUAAACCAUGGAGAGAAAAAAGAGGGGAAAGAAGAGAGAACAGAAGAGGUAAACCACGGAGAGAAAAAAGAGGAGAUGAAAGAAGAGAGAACAGAAGAGGUAAACCACGGAGAGAAAGAAGAGAGAACAGAAGAGUUAAACCACGGAGAGAAAAAAGAGGAGGGGAAAGAAGAGAGAACAGAAGAGGUAAACCACAGAGAGAAAGAAGAGAGAACAGAAGAGGUAAAUCACGGAGAGAAAGAAGAGAGAACAGAAGAGGUAAACCAUGGAGAGAAAAAAGAGGAGAUGAAAGAAGAGAGAACAGAAGAGUUAAACCACGGAGAGAAAAAAGAGGAGGGGAAAGAAGAGAGAACAGAAGAGGUAAACCACGGAGAGAAAGAAGAGGAGAUGAAAGAACAGAGAACAGAACAGUUAAACCACAGAGAGAAAAAAGAGGAGAAAGAAGAGAGAACAGAAGAGGUAAACCACGGAGAGAAAGAAGAGAGAACAGAAGAGGUAAACCACGGAGAGAAAAAAGAGGAGAUGAAAGAACAGAGAACAGAACAGUUAAACCACAGAGAGAAAAAAGAGGAGGAGAAAGAAGAGAGAACAGAAGAGGUAAACCACGGAGAGAAAGAAGAGAGAACAGAAGAGGUAAACCAUGGAGAGAAAGAAGAGAGAACAGAAGAGGUAAACCACGGAGAGAAAGAAGAGAGAACAGAAGAGGUAAACCAUGGAGAGAAAAAAGAGGAGAUGAAAGAAGAGAGAACAGAAGAGUUAAACCACGGAGAGAAAAAAGAGGAGGGGAAAGAAGAGAGAACAGAAGAGGUAAACCACAGAGAGAAAGAAGAGAGAACAGAAGAGGUAAAUCACGGAGAGAAAGAAGAGAGAACAGAAGAGGUAAAUCACGGAGAGAAAGAAGAGAGAACAGAAGAGGUAAACCAUGGAGAGAAAAAAGAGGAGAUGAAAGAAGAGAGAACAGAAGAGUUAAACCACGGAGAGAAAAAAGAGGAGGGGAAAGAAGAGAGAACAGAAGAGGUAAACCACGGAGAGAAAGAAGAGGAGAUGAAAGAACAGAGAACAGAACAGUUAAACCACAGAGAGAAAAAAGAGGAGGAGAAAGAAGAGAGAACAGAAGAGGUAAACCACGGAGAGAAAAAAGAGGAGAUGAAAGAACAGAGAACAGAACAGUUAAACCACAGAGAGAAAAAAGAGGAGGAGAAAGAAGAGAGAACAGAAGAGGUAAACCACGGAGAGAAGGAAGAGAGAACAGAAGAGGUAAACCAUGGAGAGAAAGAAGAGAGAACAGAAGAGGUAAACCACGGAGAGAAAGAAGAGAGAACAGAAGAGGUAAACCAUGGAGAGAAAAAAGAGGAGAUGAAAGAAGAGAGAACAGAAGAGUUAAACCACGGAGAGAAAAAAGAGGAGGGGAAAGAAGAGAGAACAGAAGAGGUAAACCACAGAGAGAAAGAAGAGAGAACAGAAGAGGUAAAUCACGGAGAGAAAGAAGAGAGAACAGAAGAGGUAAAUCACGGAGAGAAAGAAGAGAGAACAGAAGAGGUAAACCAUGGAGAGAAAAAAGAGGAGAUGAAAGAAGAGAGAACAGAAGAGUUAAACCACGGAGAGAAAAAAGAGGAGGGGAAAGAAGAGAGAACAGAAGAGGUAAACCACAGAGAGAAAGAAGAGAGAACAGAAGAGGUAAACCACGGAGAGAAAGAAGAGGAGAUGAAAGAACAGAGAACAGAACAGUUAAACCACAGAGAGAAAAAAGAGGAGGAGAAAGAAGAGAGAACAGAAGAGGUAAACCACGGAGAGAAAGAAGAGAGAACAGAAGAGGUAAACCACGGAGAGAAAAAAGAGGAGAUGAAAGAACAGAGAACAGAACAGUUAAACCAUAGAGAGAAAAAAGAGGAGGAGAAAGAAGAGAGAACAGAAGAGGUAAACCACGGAGAGAAAGAAGAGAGAACAGAAGAGGUAAACCACGGAGAGAAAGAAGAGAGAACAGAAGAGUUAAACCACGGAGAGAAAAAAGAGGAGGGGAAAGAAGAGAGAACAGAAGAGGUAAACCACGGAGAGAAAGAAGAGGAGAUGAAAGAAGAGAGAACAGAAGAGGUAAACCACGGAGAGAAAAAAGAGGAGAUGAAAGAACAGAGAACAGAACAGUUAAACCACAGAGAGAAAAAAGAGGAGGAGAAAGAAGAGAGAACAGAAGAGGUAAACCACGGAGAGAAGGAAGAGAGAACAGAAGAGGUAAACCAUGGAGAGAAAGAAGAGAGAACAGAAGAGGUAAACCACGGAGAGAAAGAAGAGAGAACAGAAGAGGUAAACCAUGGAGAGAAAAAAGAGGAGAUGAAAGAAGAGAGAACAGAAGAGUUAAACCACGGAGAGAAAAAAGAGGAGGGGAAAGAAGAGAGAACAGAAGAGGUAAACCACAGAGAGAAAGAAGAGAGAACAGAAGAGGUAAAUCACGGAGAGAAAGAAGAGAGAACAGAAGAGGUAAAUCACGGAGAGAAAGAAGAGAGAACAGAAGAGGUAAACCAUGGAGAGAAAAAAGAGGAGAUGAAAGAAGAGAGAACAGAAGAGUUAAACCACGGAGAGAAAAAAGAGGAGGGGAAAGAAGAGAGAACAGAAGAGGUAAACCACGGAGAGAAAGAAGAGGAGAUGAAAGAACAGAGAACAGAACAGUUAAACCACAGAGAGAAAAAAGAGGAGGAGAAAGAAGAGAGAACAGAAGAGGUAAACCACGGAGAGAAAGAAGAGAGAACAGAAGAGGUAAACCACGGAGAGAAAAAAGAGGAGAUGAAAGAACAGAGAACAGAACAGUUAAACCAUAGAGAGAAAAAAGAGGAGGAGAAAGAAGAGAGAACAGAAGAGGUAAACCACGGAGAGAAAGAAGAGAGAACAGAAGAGGUAAACCACGGAGAGAAAGAAGAGAGAACAGAAGAGUUAAACCACGGAGAGAAAAAAGAGGAGGGGAAAGAAGAGAGAACAGAAGAGGUAAACCACGGAGAGAAAGAAGAGGAGAUGAAAGAAGAGAGAACAGAAGAGUUAAACCACGGAGAGAAAAAAGAGGAGGGGAAAGAAGAGAGAACAGAAGAGGUAAACCACGGAGAGAAAGAAGAGGAGAUGAAAGAACAGAGAACAGAAGAGGUAAACCAUGGAGAGAAAAAAGAGGAGAUAAAAGAAGAGAGAACAGAAGAGGUAAACCACGGAGAGAAAAAAGAGGAGAUGAAAGAACAGAGAACAGAACAGUUAAACCACGGAGAGAAAAAAGAAGAGAGAACAGAAGAGGUAAACCAUGGAGAGAAAAAUGGAGAUUCACCAGAUAACCUGGGGCCUAAGUACAGCACAGGUGAAAUGCUAGAAAAACAAAACCACGUGCCAGAGAUAUUUGAGUCAAAAAGUGGAAUUAACUUAGAAAAGCAGACUGAGUAUCAAACUGAUCCAAACAAUACAAUGAUCAGCAUGCCCAUUCCAGCAACGGAAUACACUGAGAAGAAGUUGAAGCACACAGAUGAAGUAGCGCAUGCUUGCACCGGGAAGUCAGAUAUGAGAGAUGAAGAACAAGAAACAAACAAUCAAUGAUAAUGAAAAUAUUAUGCAAAAUGAAGGAGAAACUAAAGAGGAUGGUGGAGAAGAUGAAGAUCACUUAUCUCUGUGAAAAGAAGAUGAUGAUAGUGGACAGGAGAUGAAGAGAGGUGAGCCAGAACAAGGCAUGAAGAAGGAAAAUUAUCCUCCAGAAAUUAAAGACUCAAAAAGUCUUAAACAUAUUAAAGACUUGGAUGAAAAGAAUACAAAUUCUGACAGCACAAACAAUAACAUGUCUAUGCCAGAGGGCGAGAAAGAUGAAAAGAGAACCAGCCUCACAAAACAAGUAAUGGAGGAAAAUAAUGUUUCAAAAUUGGGAGCAGGAUUUGAACAAACAAUGCUAUACAGAAAGUGAUAUGCACAAUAAGGGAAUUUGUAGUGUGAAUUAUGAAGUUGAAUUGGAGACACUGAGAAGUCAUCAAAAAUAACAGAAGAUAGGGAAAGAAAUGAUAAAUAGCAGGAGAAAUUGGAAGAAGGACAGUUUAUCAAAAGCAGUGAGCUAGAACAAGGUGUAGAGAAUUAAAGUCAUAUUCCAGAUACUUUAGCAUCAAAUGGUGGCAUUAUUUUAAGAGAUCAGGAGAAAGAAAGAAUUGAUUCAGAAGACACAACUAAUAGCAUUAUUGUUCUAGAGGGAGUAAAAGCAGAAAAGGAGGACAAGAGCAUUCAACAACAUGUAGAACUGGAAAGUGAUGGUUUGGGACUGAGUGAUUAUGACCAAAUAUGAGCAACAAUUCUUGAUCUUAGGUCUUCUGAGAUCUCUUUUUUGAGAGGCCUGGUCCACGUCAGCAUAUGCUUCUUGUGAAUAGCAAACACAAAAUGUUUGAGUGCUUUUUAUAAGUCAAAGUAGCUCUAACCCACAUCUUCAAUCUCAUUUCAUUAAUUGGAUGCCAGGUUUGCCAACUCCGGACUCUAAUUAGCUUUUUGUUGAUGUCAUUAUCCUAGGGGUUCACAUACUUUUACAACCUACACUGUGAAUGUUUGAAUGAUGUAUUCAAUAUGUACAAGAACAAUACAAUAAUUUGUGUGUUAUUAGUUAAAACAGAUUGUGUUUCUUUAUUAUUGUAACUUAGAUGAAGAUCAAACCAAAUUUAUACAUAAAUGCAGGUACUUCAAAAGGGUUCACAUACUUUUUCUUGCCACUGUAAUUGACAUGACACUUAAGGCAUCUUACAAAUAUAAUUGAUGCUAAGUACAAUUACUAAUGAAUUUCACAAAUGGAGUGCCUUUUACAUUUUUUUGCUUGGCACUGAGAUGUAAAGGUUGGUUUUAAAGUCUGAAUGUAAUUAAACCAUAAAAUCUUGACAUUUCAGUUUCAGAAUAAAAGGGGGGAAACUGCAGGGACACAAGCACCCAUGUGGCUGUAAAUAUUCUACAAAACCAACUACUAUUAUUCCACAAUAUUAUAAAGGGUCUUUGGGUAAACUGGGAAAAUGAACUUUUGAUGAUAGCAGCAGUGUAGUCACUGUUCAGAUUGAAUGAACCAUUCCAUUUGUGGAUGUUUGGGUGUAGCAAACAAACCAUGCUUAACAAACAAGAAUACAUUAUACUGUACGCAUCCUCGCAUUUGUGGGACGCGGCAUGAACUAGGCGUUACUGAAUCGUGCAGAGCGGAUUACACUAAACAGCUCAGCACAUACCACAAAAACUGAAUUAACAGAAAUCACCUUUCAGAGAGAGAGAGAGAGGCACAGUGGAAUUAAAUGUCUCUGGUCAUGUGGGACUAUUUGCACCACCCAUGUGAAAAUGUUCACAUGAAAUAAAUAGCCUAUUAGUUCACAACUCUGGGUGAAACAAACAACACCUACAUAGA